AUGGACUCGAGUGAUGUCUUGGCUGUGCCGAAUGUGUGGAAGGACCCUCGAGUAUGGAGUUUCGAAGAGAAAAAGGCCAGCAGUUCAUCAACCGGGAUUAGGAUUGACUAUAGACAGUUUCCGUAUGCACUGAAGGACUGCUUCGAUACACUGAAGUGGGUUCAAUGGAUCAUAGCCCAAGUUCUCUCAUUUUCUGUAACUUGCCACCCCAACUUCUUUCCCGGGGAAGCGUACAAGAUGGGUAGCUAUCAGCAAAACUGCAACGAUAGUGUUGUUACUGCUGCACGUAUGGAAUGGUUCGACUGGCGCUGCUCGCCGCUGCUCGCGCAGUCCCUCAAAAACUUGCCACCAGCGUUAAUUAUAACUGCAGAAUGCGAUAUUCCCCCAGAUGAAAUAAUUGUCUACGCGGAGAAGUCGCAAUUAGAUGGUGUUGACACAUACUUAAGGAUGCUUCAUACACAUCCACAGCCAAUAGACUGCUAUAAAAGAAUCGUAGAAUUCGUCAUGAAAGUCUCUGACUAA